AUGACCUCCAACCAGAGGAAAGCUGCCAUGACAUUAUCCCUCGAGGGUAGGUUUAAAUGACCUCCAACCAGAGGAGAAUCUGCCAUGAGUACUUGAUCUGUUUCUUUUCAUCCUUUCAUCCUGUGUUCCAUUGACUUCAUUUUUUGAUUCCAGACUGAAAGAUCAUAAAGGGAAACAAAUGAAAGACCAAAGCCUGACAGAAGCACUGACUGUGACACCUGCCAAGAUCGUCCUGGGCGGCAGGUAGCUUAGUGGUUAAGAGCGUUGUGCCAGUAACCGAAAGGUCGCUGGUUCUAAUCCCCGAGCCGACUAGGUGAAAAAUCUGUCGAUGUGCACUUGAGCAAGGCACUUAACCCUAAUUGCUCCUGUAAGUCGCUCUGGAUAAGAGCGUCUGCUAAAUGACUAAAAUGUGAAAAUGUAAAAAUAUCCAUAUCCUUCUGGAACUGGAUAUUUCCAUCCAUUGCUGCAUGUGGACUAUGGGCUCUUUGGUAGGACACGUCUUCUUCUUGCACUUGUUUCAUUUGACUCUAGGUGAUUUACCGCUAUGCACUGUGCUUCAGUUCUAUAAUCAUUCUGUAAUGAUGUAAUUUUUUCUUGUGUAUUUAUCUCAAAUAAUUAAACACGAUUGGUAGCGACAUGGAACCAAGUGGAACAUGGUGACAUUUUUUGUCAAUACAUCUCAGAAAACAUUGAAGUGUAAUUUACUAUGCAGUUAUUAGGUCAUUACCGUUUUAAUAAGUAAUUAUGAAGUAACGUUCAAAGAAGUGGUCUGUAAAAUAAAGUGUUAUUGAAAUUACCCUAAUUAGCUGACCGAUAAUGCAUAAGCAUUUAAGACAAUUUACUCUUUAUUCAACACUGUAUUCAUUUAUGACACUAGUGUGGGAAUGUUUGCCAGAAUAUAUUAGUUCUAUGUCAAAAUAAGUCUCACAACCAUGAAUCCUGAAGGCCAUUGAAUAUAAGACCAGUGUUACCAUAAAUCCUGAAGGCCAUGAAUAUAAGACCAGUGUUACCAUAAAUCCUGAAGGCCAUUGAAUAUAAGACCAGUGUUACCAUGAAUCCUGAAAGCCAUGAAUAUAAGACCAGUGUUACCAUAAAUCCUGAAGGCCAUUGAAUAUAAGACCAGUGUUACCAUGAAUCCUGAAAUCCAUGAAUAUAAGACCAGUGUUACCAUAAAUCCUGAAGGCCAUGAAUAUAAGACCAGUGUUACCAUAAAUCCUGAAGGCCAUGAAUAUAAGACCAGUGUUACCAUGAAUCCUGAAAGCCAUGAAUAUAAGACCAGUGUUACCAUGAAUCCUGAAAGCCAUGAAUAUAAGACCAGUGUUACCAUGAAUCCUGAAGGCCAUGAAUAUAAGACCAGUGUUACCAUGAAUCCUGAAGGCCAUGAAUAUAAGACCAGUGUUACCAUGAAUCCUGAAAGCCAUGAAUAUAAGACCAGUGUUACCAUGAAUCCUGAAGGCCAUGAAUAUAAGACCAGUGUUACCAUGAAUCCUGAAAGCCAUGAAUAUAUGACCAGUGUUACCAUAAAUCCUGAAGGCCAUGAAUAUAAGAUCAGUGUUGCCAUGUUUCUUUCCCCUGGUUUCUCAUGUGACAGUUUUUUCCCCCUGGUUUCUCAUGUGGCUGUUUCCUCAGGUUUCUCAUGUGGCAGUUUUUUCCCCCUGGUUUCUCAUGUGGCUGUUUCCUCAGGUUUCUCAUGUGGCAGUUUCUUUCCCCUGGUUUCUCAUGUGACUGUUUCUUUCCCCUGGUUUCUCAUGUGACUGUUUCUUUCCCCUGGUUUCUCAUGUGACUGUUUCUUUCCCCUGGUUUCUCAUGUGACAGUUUCUUUCCCCUGGUUUCUCAUGUGACUGUUUCUUUCCCCUGGUUUCUCAUUUGACUGUUUAUUUCCCCUGGUUUCCCAUGUGACUGUUUCUUUCCCCUGGUUUCUCAUGUGACUGUUUCUUACCCCUGGUUUCUCAUUUGACUGUUUAUUUCCCCUGGUUUCUCAUGUGACUGUUUCUUUCCCCUGGUUUCUCAUGUGACUGUUUCUUUCCCCUGGUUUCUCAUGUGGCAGUUUCUUUCCCCAGGUUUCUGCUUCUACAUCUGCAUUGCUUGCUGUUUGGGGUUUUAGGCUGGGUUUCUGUAUAGCACUUUGUGACAUCUGCUGAUUUAAAAAGGGCAUUAUGAAUACAUUUGAUUGAUUGAUUGAUUCUUAUGUGACUGUUUCUUUCCCCUGGUUUAUCAUGUGACUGUUUCUUUCCCCUGGUUUCUCAUGUGACAGUUUCCCCCCCCUGGUUUGUCAUAUAACUGUUUCCUCUGGUUUCUCAUGUGGCUGUUUCCUCAGGUUUCUCAUUUGGCAGUUUCUUUCCCCUGUUUUCUCAUGUGACUGUUUCUUUCCCCUGGUUUCUCAUGUGACAGUUUCCCCCCCCUGGUUUGUCAUAUAACUGUUUCCUCUGGUUUCUCAUGUGGCUGUUUCCUCAGGUUUCUCAUGUGGCAGUUUAUUUCCCCUGGUUUCUCAUGUGUCUGUUUCUUCCCAAUGGCAUGCUAACAGCAUGUUUGGUAGUACCAGGUGUGUGCUACAUGUUCGGCAAUGGAGGCCCAGUACCCACAGAGGAGCGGGUCCUAUGGAGGAACUGACCAUUGGAGAAGCAGAUGUGGUGCACUGAUGAAGCGCUCUGGGCCUGUUUGUCAGACCGUCUUUGUUUCUCUCCGGCUGUACCAUCGAUGCUCCCUCCCGCCCUCCGCUGAAGCUACACUGUCUUUCCAACCCAAUCUGCCUUAACUCCCAGCCUUUCAUCCGAACCCAAAUAGAGACAUUCAAUCUCCAUCUCUACCAUCUCCAUUUAAAUGUGUUGUUUGUUCAUUUAGCUUUUUAUGCGCUUUCAGAUUUUUUAAAAGGCCCAAUGCAGCCUUUUAAAAAAAUUAUCUCAAUAUCAAAUCAUUUCUGGGUAACAAUAUUUUCAGUUAAAAUGGUCAAAAAGAAACAAAAAUAGCUCCUUAGCAAAGAGCAAUUUCUCAAGCAAGGAACUGUCUGAGGGUGGUCUGAGUGUAGAUGGGGAAAACUGAAAACUAGCUGAAAACUUAACUAUGUUUGGAACUCUCUUUUUUUAUUGGUCUAUUAACUCAGUUACAUCACCAGUCAGGCCAAAAACUCCAUCCAACCAAAACAGGCAAAAAUGUCAGGUGGUCUUUUCACAGCGCUCUUACACUAAAACGGCGUUAUCAUAAUUUUCACAAUUUCAUCGUAUUAUUCCAACCUUAUAGUGUGGAAAUAUAUAUAUAUAUAUAUAAAACACAGGAAUAUCACGUUAUUGACUGCACUGGGCCUUUAAAUAAAUUAUUAUUAUUAAAACAUUAUUUAUUAGUAUCAUAUCCAGCCGCCACAGAUGUAAUUGGUCAGCUGACAGUAGUUAGGGAGCUUAAUUAUAAAGUUCUAUUGGCAUUUAUAGUGUUGAUAGACUUGAUUGAUUGAUUUUUAUUUAUGGUAACUUAAAGGGAAAUGUCAUAUUCAUCAUCUCCAGCACCACCCCAACAUCAAUGUAAGUGAAAAUGGCGUGCCCUACUAUGUUUUUUUGUAGUAAAAAAAGAUAGAGGAAGAUAAAUGUUUCCAAUGACAUUAUCAACCAAUUAGGAGACAAUUAGCAGGCAAUGCCUUACUCAUAAUUGGUUAAAAUCACACAAUGCACACCGAUGAUGUCAUCUGAAACACUUGUCUUCCUCGAUCAUUUUGAUUACAAAACAUAGAAACGUGCCAUUUGCACAUAUGUUGAUGUUGGGGUGGUGCUGGAGAUGAAGAAUAUGAAGUAGAACAUUAAAAAAAUGUCCCUUGAAUGAUUCCCUCUUCCAAACACUCCCCUUGCUGGUAAAUGUGCUGAAGGGGUAACAACGUUUCUCUCUAUUGAUAAUGAACCCUUUAAGGCUGGUUGAUGCACUAAAAACAUCCAAGGACAAACGUGGUCAAAAACCCAAAUAUGUCAAUAUUUUUUGCAGUUCUAGCAAGGUUUCCAUCCAUUUUGCAAUUCUAGCAAGGCUUCCAUCCAUUUUGCGACAGAUUGCCAUACAAAUAUUCUAAAAUCUGCAAAAAACAAGCAUGCAUUUUCCCACCAAACAGACUUUUUCCAGGUAAAAGGCUGUACGUGAUGACAUUGUGCACAUAAAAAUAACUUUUACCAUUAAAUUCCCAUGUACCGAAUGAAAAUGACAAGGUUUCCAUCACAUUUUCAACUCUACAAUGAAUAACAAAUGUGCCCACUCUGGUCUUGGCACCUGGGCUCUAGCCAACAGCUCACAGAUACAGUGCGGUUAUAGUCUACAUGACGAGAUUAUUAUGGAUAAGAGCGAUUUUAUUUGCAUGUUUUUUUUUGUCAUUUAGCAGACGCUCUUAUCCAGAGCGACUUACAGGAGCAAAUUAGGGUUAAGUGCCUUGCUCAAGGGCACAUCGACAGGUUUUUCACCUAGUCGGCUCGGGGAUUAGAACCAGCGACCUUUCGGUUACUGGCAUAACGCUCUUACCCACUAAGCUACCUGCCGCCCAUUUGUCAAAUGGCAGCCAAGCAUCGAUCAUCAUGUCACCAGAAUAAGACCCUCGAUAUUUAUUGGAAAGUAGCAUCAAGCUCAUCACCAUCCACUUUCACCACCCUGUGAAGUUCAUCAGUUAUUUCAUCUGUAGCCUAAUAAACGACAUGGUUUCCCUUGUUGUAGUGGGAGGACCACACACCAUAUCAUCACGUGACUUCAAGUUACUUCGAUAUGAUGGUUAUUAUAUCAGUACUUGCGUAUAAUGUCAUUUCCACCGCCAUAUCUCGCAUUAUUAAUUUUACAGACACAAAAAGAUCCCACCAUGUCUGUCGGCAUUUAUAAAAUUGUACUUGCAUUUCAUGUUUCCAUCAGCCAGGUUUCCAUCCAAUCUUUAUAUGCGAGUCAAGUACAUGUCGAAUAAAAAAUGUCAAGACAGGCUUGACAGAAACAGAACAUUUUGUCGGUAAACUUUCCAAAUGUUGACAAAACAAAAUACGCAGUGGGAUGUUUUUUGUGUCGGUAAAAUGUAUUAAUGCGAGAAAUUGCGUGGGAAAUGCUUUUAUACACUAAUAUUGAUAUAUUAACCCUCAUAUCAUAUCAUGUCCCCUGUAGCUCAGUUGGUAGAGCACGGCGCUUGCAACGCCAGGGUUGUGGGUUUGUUUCCCAUGGGGCGGCCAGUAUGAAAAAUGUAUGCACUCACUAACUGUAAGUCGCUCUGGAUAAGAGCGUCUGCUAAACGACUAAAAUGUCAAAUGUAAUAUUGAAAUAAAUUGUAGUUACGCAAUGAUAUUGUGUGGUCCUCUUACCACGACUCCGGAAACCAUGCAGUUUAUUAGGCUACAGAUUAAAUAAAGUAUGAUGAACUUUCACCGGGUGGUGAAAGUGCACAGUGAUGAGCUUGAUGGUCUUAUUCUGGUGACAUGAUGAUCGAUGCUUGGCUGCCGUUUGACAAAUGAAAAUAAUAGUUUGUCCAUAAUAAUCUCAUCAUGUAGGCUAUACCCGCACUGUAUCUAUGAGUGUGAGCUGUUGGCUAAAACACAGUGCCAUGACCAGAGUGGGCACAUUCGCUAUAUAACGCAACAUGUUUAGUGACAGAACCCAUCAGUCGAGUUGAAAAUGUGAUGGAAAACCCAUUUAACUUGUAAUUUUUAUUCAGUACAUGGAAAGUGAAACUCAAAAGUAUAAUUUGAUGUGCACUAUGUCAUCCUGCACAGCCUUUUAUCCCCAACAAGUCAAUUUGAUGGAAGCACAUCUCUGGUGGGAAAAUGCACAUACAUUUUUUAUGUGGAUUUUAGAAUAUUCGCAUUGAAAAAAUGUCGCCAAUUGGAUGGAAACCUAGCUACUGGCUUAUUGCACUAAUAGGCAUUUGCCAAUAUGCUUUCUGUUCUCUUUUCACCCCCAUCUGCAUCCCCUGGAGAGAGAAUGCCAGAAAUAACUAUCGUGUUGUGUCCCCCUCUCAUGUGUAUUGUCCAGCGGUGUUUUCCCUCAGUCUCUACAUAAAGCUUUGAAGAAUACGUAUCUCCUUCUGGAAGUCAAGGGGAAAAUGCAUGACCUAAAUUCCAAACUGUCUUUGAAAAAUAAUUGUCCCCUUUCUCUAAAUCUUUUUAAAAGAGGCAUGGAACAAACCUUUGUGCUAUCAAGAGAUUGCAUCCCGUUUGCUUCCUCAUGAGGUAUAGGGAAUCAAACGUACUACGUCAUAGAGGCAAGAAUGGGACGCAUCCUACUCUACUAGGAGGACACUCAUUGGGUUUUAGUGAAAACACAAAUUUGGAUGUCAAGUAUUUUUGUUAUUGUAAAUAAUUAAGAUUGACCACAUCAACGCUUUACUUGAAGUUGCUUCUUAUGAAAUGGGGUUGAAAACAUCAAAUCGGAGGGCCUGUUGUCUGGACCUAUGGCAGUCUCUAUGGGGGUGCCACAGGGUUCAAUUCUUGGGCCGACUCUUUUCUCUGUGUAUAUCAAUGACGUCGCUCUUGCUGCUGGUGACUCUCAGAUCCACCUCUACGCAGACGACACCAUUUUGUAUACAUCUGGCCCUUCAUUGGACACUGUGUUAACAAACCUCCAAACGAGCUUCAAUGCCAUACAACACUCCUUCAGUAGCCUCCAACUGCUCUUAAACACUAGUAAAACUAAAUGCAUGCUCUUCAACCGAACGCUGCUUGCACCCGCCCACCCGACUAGAAUCACUACUCUCGACGGGUCUGACCUAGAGUAUGUGGACAACUACAAAUACCUAGGUGUCUGGUUAGACUGUAAACUCUCCUUCCAGACUCACAUUAAGAAUCUCCAAUCCAAAGUUAAAUCUAGAAUCAGUUUCCUAUUUCGCAACAAAGCCUCCAUCACUCAUGCUGCCAAACAUGCCCUCGUAAAACUGACUAUCCUACCGAUCCUUGACUUCGGCGAUGUCAUUUACAAAAUAGCCUCCAACACUCUACUCAGCAAAUUGGAUGUAGUCUAUCACAGUGCCAUCCGUUUUGUCUCCAAAGCCCCAUAUACUACCCACCACUGUGACCUGUACGCUCUUGUUGGCUGGUCCUCACUACAUAUUCGUCGCCAAACCCACUGGCUCCAGGCCAUCUAUAAAUCACUGCUAGGCAAAUCCCCGCCUUAUCUUAGCUCAUUGGUCACCAUAGCAACACCCACCCGUAGUAUGCGCUCCAGCAGGUAUAUCUCACUGGUCAUCCCCAAAGCCAACACCUCCUUUGGCCGCCAUUCCUUCCAGUUCUCUGCUGCCAAUGACUGGAACAAAUUGCAAAAAUCUCUGAAGCUGGAGACACUUAUCUCCCUCACUAACUUUAAGCAUCAGUUGUCAGAGCACCUUACCGAUCACUGCACAUGUACACAGCCCAUCUGAAAUUAGCCCGCCCAACUACCUCAUCCCUAUAUUGUUAUUUAUUUUGCUCAUUUGUACCCCAGUAUCUCUAUUUGCACAUCAUCUCUUGCACAUCUAUCAUUCCAGUGUUAAUACUAAUUGUAAUUAUUUUGCACUAUAGCCUAUUUAUUGCCUUACCUCCAUAACUUACUACAUUUGCACACACUGUAUAUAGAUUUUCUAUUGUGUUAUUGACUGUAUGUUUUGUUUUACCCCAUAUGUAACUCUGUGUCGUUGUUUUUAUCGCACUGCUUUGCUUUAUCUUGGCCAGGUCGCAGUUGUAAAUGAGAACUCGUUCUCAACUGGCUUACCUGGUUAAAUAAAGGUGAAAUAAAAAAAUAAAUAAAUAAAUAAUAUGACCCUGUUUUUUUAUUUUAUUGUGUUUUUUAUUUAUUUAUUGUGUCAUAGGCUUCAAAAUGAACAGUUCUUCUGUAGAAAUGUCAACAUGUCAACUUUCGCUAGCAGAACGUGUGAUCUCUCCUGGCUAAUUGCAUCACCUUUCUGCAGGGGAGGUGAAGACACUCAAGUACAUGACGGAGAGCUCUGACAAGAUGGGAAGGGUGCAUGCCAUGUCUCUCUUCUCCCACCACCAGGGUGCUGGGUCUUGCGGUGUGGGAAGUGAAGGCAGGCUUCUGUACAACUCUGUCUUGUUGUGAACUCAUUGAAUGAUGGACAGACAGGGUGCUCUGUGUUGUUCUCUCAAGCUCUUUGUCCACGUUUUCAAAGACCUCCUCUAAGGCGGACAUCUUGCCCUUCUUGUGACGUUCUUGGAAAGUCAUCACAAGAGAAAAAUAUAUGGUGCUUUGUGCUUAAACAAAAACAGUGCUUAGGCAAGCGUUUGUUUUAAUUCAAACGUAUUGUUUAGCUGUACCUGAAUUACUUUUGAUCAAUGCCAAUAAUACCUGAGUGCUUUAGUAAAAUAAAAUACCAUUCUAGAACUCUCAAAAAAAAAAAAUAAUAAAAAAUGUUUCAUCAUCCAUGCGUUAUUUUUCCAGCCCAUUAGGCAAAAGCAAGAGAUGGAACGAAAACAGAAGUCAUAGAAAGAAUCCAUGGAGGAUAUAAUGUGAACAGAACGAGCGGUAUAAAACAUUGGAGGGAAAGAAAACAAAUCUUAAUAAAGAAGCAUUUUUCAUGUAUUUGUUUUUUGAAGCAGCUGUGUAAAGCAGCUCCCGGAGCUCCUGUUGUUAGUGGGAGAACUAGGCCACUAUAGCAAGACUGGUUGUUAGGACGAUCCAAUUACCUUAGGAACGGAGGACAUGAUAAAUGCAGCCAAACAGAUGGUUAUGCCAACAUACUAUUGGAUUUUACCCUCAGACCCUCAGGUUUUGGGUGAUAAGUUUAGUUGCUAUACACUACGCGGUUAAAAGUUUUAGAACCACUUUACUCAUUCAAGGGUUUUUCUUUAUUUUUUACUAUUUUCUACAUUGUAGAAUAAUAGUGAAGACAUCAAAACUAUGAAAUAACACAUAUGGAGUCAUGUAGUAACCAAAAAAGUGUGAAACAAAUCAAAAUAUAUUUUAUAUUUCAGAUUCUUCAAAUAGCCGCCCUUUACCUUGAUGAAAGCUUUGAACACUCUUGGCAUUCUCUCAUGAGUAGGUGUUCUAAAACUUUUGACCGAUAGUGUACGUUAAAUAAUUUUUCGUUUGUCUCAAGGCCGGGAUUCAAACCAUCAAAGAUUAACAACAUCUCCAGUUUUAUAGUGUUUACGUUCUGUUGUGGUGUAAACACAGUGGAACCGACAAAUCCACAGUCUAAGUCCCAGGAACUCAGGCAGGUAAAAAUGGUAUUUGUUCUUCUAUGUGUCAACAGACAAAAGCUGGAAUUGCCCUGCUGUAUAAUAAGGAGACCAAUAAUACUUAUGAUGUCCGUCUGAAGCUGACAAAAGAGGUGUUCACCAUACAGAAGCUGGAUGUGGUUUGCACAAGAGGGGGUGACACACAAUUAAAUGUAAGUACUUAAGAUCUACCUUGACAUUAGGGGUCGCAUGGGUGUCAAGAGUGGGCUUUCCCAUACUUGGAUUAACCAGGCACACAGAACUAGCACUUUUUAAUCUCAAACUGGUAUUUGUGUGUGAAUAUAUUUGUUCUCCUGUUACUCAGCGUUCAUUGAAGGUGACCUGAAGUGACUUCAGAUCCGUUCACAUUAAUACCUGAUGAUGACGAGACCUCAGCUGGCUUUUCACAUCCUGACACUGAUGUUAUAGCUCACGAUAGCUUUACUUGGAUGUAAUGGGGACACGAAAGAUCUGAUUAACAUUUAGCUUUAGUAUGGUGGUCAAUUGAAUAGCAUACUGUAUUGAAAGUCUCUAUAAUAAUGGAAGUAUCUUCUUUAUGUUUUACCAUGGAGGCAUUCUGUAUGUGUCAAUGUUAGGGUUUUGAUAGUGAAGAUAACUGAAAGACGCGCACCCAAGUGUUAUGCUCCAACCUUGUUCCAACAUUUCAAUAUUAUUUUACCAAGGUCAAUUCCCAUUUUUUAAAGCACAGAACUGUCGUUCUCCGAAGGCAGGCAGCUGGAGGUCUGGGUCUAAGCAUCAAA